AUGUCUGCCAUGCUGCAACCACAAAUCAUCCUGCUCAGGGAAGGGACUGAUACAUCUCAAGGAAAACCACAACUAAUAAGCAACAUAAAUGCUUGCAUGGCUGUUGCCGAUGUAGUGCGAAGUACCCUUGGCCCAAGAGGCAUGGAUAAGUUGAUCCAUGAUGAGAAGGGAAACACCACCAUUUCCAAUGAUGGUGCCACCAUAAUGAAGCUCCUCGACAUUAUUCAUCCUGCUGCCAAGAUUCUUGUUGAUAUUGCAAAGUCCCAAGACUCAGAGGUUGGUGAUGGGACCACUACAGUAGUUCUUCUUGCAGGAGAGUUUCUGAAAGAAGCAAAGCCUUUUGUUGAAGAUGGAGUCCACCCUCAAAACCUUAUAAGAAGUUAUCGGGCAGCUUCUUCUUUGGCCAUUGAGAAGAUCAAGGAGUUGGCUAUUAGCAUAGAGGGGAAGAGUUUGGAAGAAAAGAAGAGUUUACUUGCUAAAUGUGCUGCCACAACACUAUCUUCGAAGCUCAUUGGUGGCGAAAAGGAGUUUUUUGCUAACAUGGUGGUGGAUGCUGUUCUUGCCAUUGGGAAUGAUGAUAGGCUAAACAUGAUUGGAAUUAAAAAGGUUCCUGGUGGUACAAUGAGGGAUUCUUUUCUUGUGAAUGGCGUUGCCUUCAAGAAGACAUUCUCAUAUGCUGGUUUUGAGCAGCAGCCGAAAAAGUUUUUAAAUCCAAAGAUACUCUUGCUAAACAUCGAAUUGGAGUUGAAAUCAGAGAAAGAAAAUGCGGAAAUUAGGUUGUCUGAUCCCUUACAGUAUCAGUCGAUCGUAGAUGCAGAAUGGAAUAUCAUUUAUGACAAAUUGGAUAAAUGUGUAAAGAGUGGAGCCAAGGUUGUUUUAUCACGGCUUGCUAUUGGUGAUCUGGGUACUCAGUAUUUUGCAGAUCGGGAUAUUUUUUGUGCUGGCCGUGUUACCGAAGAAGAUUUACAGCGAGUUGCUGCAGCUACCGGUGGAACUGUUCAGACAACUGUGAACAAUGUCAUUGAAGAGGUUCUUGGAUCUUGUGACCUAUUUGAAGAGAGGCAAGUUGGAAACGAGCGUUUUAAUAUAUUUAGUGGGUGCCCGUCUGGUAAGACCGCCACUAUUGUUCUUCGUGGUGGCGCGGACCAGUUUAUUGAGGAGGCGGAGCGAAGUUUGCAUGAUGCUAUUAUGAUUGUUCGAAGGGCUCUUAAGAACUCAACUGUUGUAGCCGGUGGUGGUGCAAUAGAUAUGGAGAUAAGUAGGUAUUUGAGACAACAUGCACGAACCAUUGCUGGCAAGUCGCAGCUCUUUAUAAACUCUUAUGCUAAAGCGCUUGAGAUUAUCCCACGACAACUUUGUGAUAAUGCUGGUUUUGAUGCAACUGAUGUUUUGAACAAACUGAGACAAAAACAUGCCCUUCCAUCUGGGGAAGGUGCACCUUACGGUGUAGACAUUAACACAGGCGGAAUUGCUGAUUCAUUCGCCAACUUUGUUUGGGAACCGGCUGUUGUGAAGAUUAACGCCAUAAAUGCGGCUACUGAAGCAGCUUGCCUCGUCUUAAGUGUCGACGAAACUGUGAAGAACCCUAAGUCUGAGAGUGCACAAGGAGAGGCCGGCAUGGCUGGCCGAGGCCGUGGAGGUGGUUUUCGUGGGGGCCGAGGUGGAAGAGGAAUGAGAAGGCGGUAG